AUGAAAGGAUUUAGCUCGGUAUUUUCCCAAAGUUCUCUUGUACCCCUGGCUAAAAUUGCCAAUGCUCCAUCCCGUUCAUUACGUUUAUUAUGGGCUGUUUUCACAGCGACCAUGUUUGUCGGUUUGUGCUCAUGUAUCACCCUGGUGGUCAUUCAAUACUGUCGACAUCAGACUGUGUUCCAACUGGAUUAUUCCGGUAGACAUGUGAUCUAUGACCAAAUUCCCGGCCUCACUUUGUGCCCACAGACACAAGAAGCCAAACGUCUGUUUCAUUUGGCCGUCAGCAUGGAUCCGAAUAAACAUCCGUCUCCAUGGUUGACCAAGAACGCACUCGAUCGAUUUCGUCAACUGGCUCGGGAGCGUAAACCGAACAUGUCGUUCGAGGUGAUCACGCAUAGAAUGCCACCGGGACAGCUUCAGUGGGACACGGAGAAAUCGGCUCUGUCCCCGUUGUACAGUAUGCUGCACAAUUUCAGUGUGCGUUUUGUGAUGCAACCGCCGCAGAUGGGAGACAGUCAUCGAUUGACCGUGAUGGAACAGGUGAGUGUGGUUGGUAUACCAAUGAGGCAUGCAUGGGGUGAGAGCAAUAAUUGUGUAUGUGGAAGGGAAGGUUGA